CGCAACGUCAGUUGCUCUCGUGCUUCUAGCGAAAGGGAAAAUGUCGGCGUAUUAGUGGGGUUUUGUUGUGCCACUAGAGAGUGACUUUUGGGCUACCUGAGCAGAUUUUUAUCGAAGAAAAUCGUCGAUCGUUGCGGCUUUGGGAAUAGUCAACAUCGUCGAGUUUGCCAGUAAAUGGCGUAUAAGUCCUAUCGGGUACGCUUAGUACUUUAAAUCAGGUUCGAGUCCGACGUGAGCCAGUCGUAGAAGUCCGCCGUCGGUUCUAGCGGAGGAAGGAUAGAAAUAAGGAAGCCAGGAGCAAUAUGUCGAUGCAGUUGGCAAUGUCAGUAGCAAAGAAUGAGUUUAUCGUGGGUAGCAAAUACAGGCUGUUGAGAAAGAUUGGCUCGGGAUCCUUUGGCGACAUUUACCUCGGUAUCAACAUCUCUAAUGGUGAGGAAGUUGCUGUUAAGUUGGAAAGUAUACGUGCUCGACAUCCUCAACUGCUAUAUGAGUCAAAGCUAUAUAAAAUUUUGCAUGGUGGUAUAGGAAUACCUCAUAUACGUUGGUAUGGACAAGAACGAGAGUAUAAUGUACUUGUCAUGGACCUCCUUGGUCCAUCUCUUGAAGACCUUUUCACCUUUUGUACUAGAAGAUUCACAAUAAAAACAGUCUUAAUGUUAGCAGAUCAAAUGAUUGGUAGGAUUGAAUAUGUUCAUUGCAAACAUUUUAUUCAUAGAGACAUCAAACCAGAUAACUUUUUAAUGGGUAUUGGCCGUCACUGUAAUAAGCUCUUUCUUAUUGAUUUUGGAUUAGCUAAAAAAUAUAGAGAUAGUCGUACAAGACUGCAUAUAAUGUAUCGAGAAGAUAAAAAUUUAACAGGCACAGCAAGGUAUGCUUCGAUUAAUGCACAUCUUGGAAUAGAACAGAGCCGCCGUGAUGAUAUGGAAUCACUUGGUUAUGUGCUUAUGUAUUUCAAUCGCGGAUCUCUUCCUUGGCAAGGACUUAAAGCUGCUACCAAAAAGCAGAAAUAUGAGAAAAUAAGUGAAAAGAAAAUGUCCACGCCUGUGGAAGUUUUAUGUAAGGGAUUUCCUGCUGAAUUUGCGAUGUAUUUAAAUUAUACACGAGGUCUACGUUUCGAAGAAAGUCCAGAUUAUAUGUAUCUUCGCCAACUUUUCCGUAUACUUUUCCGUACAUUGAAUCACCAAUAUGAUUAUACUUUUGAUUGGACAAUGUUGAAACAAAAAAAUUGUCUCCCUACUUUAACAUCUGCAACUGGUCCAGGCCAAUCCGCACCAAAUGCUCAGGGGCAAGGACAAGCCCAAGCUCAGCCACCAGCUCAGACCAACGCUCAACCAGAAAGGAUAAAACUAUAAUUCCUUGUCAUUGCAUCAAUCCUAUUUGCAGUUAUUGAAGUGUCCAAGACCAGGUACUCAACUUUGUAUGAAUGCCAUGCAAAGAGUCAAAUCAAUCAAUCCUCUAAGUUUGCAUUAAGGAGGAGAUUUAUGGUUACAAGCGUAUCGUACACGAGUAAAGGACAAUGCCACGGGUACACGUUUGUGAAUUCGCUAAUUAGUGAAAACUUCAAUGUAUUCUCAGUGCUUAGAGUUUUGGUUGAUCCACCUCUUUGUGCUUAAAAUCCAAGUGAAAUCAGCCAGAGGUGGCUUGUUCUUAUUUUGUUAUUACCUAUUUAAUUCACCGUUGAUAAUAAUUGAAAUAAAGGUUUUGAUGCCCCGAA